UAAAGCCUAGUAAGUUGAACACUCAUAUUCCUAAUCCCACUAUUUUAUCCGAGGCAAAAGGAGUAUAUAUUUACAGGCACAGAUUAUUGGAUUAGCUACUGAAUUUAGCUAAAUCCUAUGGAGUUCGAAACUCAAGAUGAUCAGAAAGAAAUUAGAGCUUCACCAAAUUACAACUCAGUACUCGAAAUCUCCAACUCAACUGAUGAGCCCAAAAUGCCGAGUAAUUCCGACGAGUUGAUACUCGACGCGCCGCUGCAAAUGAGGAAACCCAAGUACAAAGAGUGUCUUAAGAACCACGCCGUUGGUAUCGGCGGCCACGCUGUUGACGGCUGCGGCGAGUUCAUGCCUGCCGGAGAAGAUGGUUCUCUUGACGCUCUCAAAUGCGCCGCCUGCAACUGCCACCGUAAUUUUCACCGGAAAGAGACGCAAAUCCACCACCAGCCCUACUAUAGACACCCACCGUGUGGGUACUUUCAACAUGUCAUGCCACAGCAGAGACCUUUACCCCUGCCGUCAACUUCUGGAGGUGGUGGUGGUGGUGGAUAUAGGGAGGAUCAAGAAGAAAUGUGUAACCCUAAUAACAGUGGGACAAAGAAGAGAUUUAGGACGAGAUUCAACCAAGAACAGAAGGAGAAAAUGCUGGAACUGGCUGAGAAAUUAGGGUGGCGAAUUCAGAGGCAAGAUGAAGGAGUUGUGAAGCAGUUGUGUAAUGAGAUUGGUAUCAAAAGGCAUGUUUUCAAAGUUUGGAUGCAUAAUAACAAACUUACACUUGGUAAGAAAACCCUAAUACAAAGUACAAACCCUUAAUUAUUCCCAGCUCAAGAAAGAAGCUGAAAAGGAAGAAGAAACACACCCAAAAAAAACAUUUUUUAAG